UCAAGCGGCUGCUGUGUAAUCGCAGGUAACUUUCUUACGAUAGCCUUCCGCUAGACGACAUAGUGCUUACGUCGUCCUCGCAUUUUUGAUGAUUGCGUUCACCGCACACAAAACGGAGCUCCGCAAAUAGACGCAGUCGCCGUUUCGGCCACCGAAACACGUAAACGCUCCAUUUUUUUCUUCGUAAAAAUACCCUGUGUCUCAAAGGCGUUUGAAAUCGGACACCGCUGGCGUUGAGGCCCUCACUUAUGUGCGGAAGGAUACGUUGUUGCGUCUGACAAUGUGGACGGAGGUGGUGAAGAUGUCUACGAGAAGAAUGAAAUCAUCUCAGUUGUAACAACAAAAAAGGAAGACGCGAGAUUAGUUACUAUAAUAGAUUUGUUUGCACACAGAGUUGUUACAUAGAAGCAAACACGUGGGUGCUCCGUGAAAAGCAGGCUUACCGGGACAAAAGGAAGACAUCCACGGCGCUCCAAUGCGUUUCGUGCACUGAGGUCGAAAUUCUCUUGAAGUUUUAUGUUUUUCCCCUUGCGAGUCUCCGCUUUUCUUUUUACUGUUGGAUAUCAGACACUUGGAGAGGAGAGGGUUUAUUAGAGACUGAAGGGUAUGAACGAACAGCAGCAAAGAAUGGCUGCAGUGGGAACUGACAAGGAACUCAGCGACCUCCUGGAUUUCAGUGCGAUGUUUGCACCUCCAGUAGCCAAUGGGAAGAACAGGACAAUGACACUUGCCAGCACUCAGUUUAGUGGGACAGCACUAGAUGAGCGUAGCGGCUCUGGAUCUUGGGGCUCAGCAGAACAGAACAGCCCCUCUUUCAGUCAAGGGCGGGGUUAUGGAGAAGGAUCCCACUACAGUGAGCAUGAAGGCCUGUCAUCUCCAUUCAUCAGUUCAGGAAUCACAGCAGGUAAAAACGAGAGGACACCCUACCCACCUUUUGGGAGCCAGCCUGGUUUUCUUCCCAGUGACAUUGCAAUGCCCAGCCCAGAUGCCAUGUCCCCUUCUGGCCUGAAAUCUGGCUCCCAGUUUUACCCAUCAUACCCAAACAACCCCAGAAGAAGGCCACCUGAAGGAGCAAUAGACGCCCAGCCAAAGAAGAUUCGGAAACCCCCUGGCCUGCCGUCCUCGGUGUAUCCUUCCACAUCUGGGGAUGAGUAUACCAGGGACAAUGGAGGAUAUCCUGGUGCUAAACCUGGAGCCGUCUACCCCGGUUCUUUCUACAUGCAAGAAGACCCCUGGUCGUCUUCUGGGUACUCUGCCAUGCUGGGUAACUCCUCUCACAUCGGACAGCCAGGCUCCUUCUCUGCGAUUAACUCACAGGACAGGAUGAACUAUCCCCUGCACAGCAAUGAAGUCAACGGCUUCCACUCUGCCCCCACCACCUACAACCACACGCCUGCCAUCAACGGCGAAGGCAUCAUGGCCAACCGAGGCACCACAGCUGGCAGUUCAGGAGAUGAAAUUGGAAAGGCUCUUGCCUCAAUUUACCCGUCGGACCACAACAGUAAUAACUUUUCCUCAGCUCCAUCUACCCCUGGAUCUCCUCAAGCUAUUGCAGGAGCUCAGUCUCAGUGGCAGAGACCAACCACACCCAGCUACGACGGUCAACCACACGCAUUGAGUAAAAUGGAGGACCGUUUGGAGGAGGCCAUCCAUGUACUGCGUAGCCAUGCUGUGGGCCAAGGCCCUGUCUUAGAGGGUGCUCAUUCUGACAUGCACAGCCUGCUGUCCUCAGUGCAAAAUGGGGGCCUUGGAGGCCUCUCUCCAGCUUUCCCCACUGCCAGCCUUCCCCUCAGCAACAGACAUCCCACCAUGGGUGGGAAACACGAUGAGCCCACUGGCCUUCCUCCCAGCAGCACCCUGCUGCACGGUCACCACGCAUCUGGACCCACACCGCCAGCUGGCCAACCAGAAGGCUUUUCCAGUCUGCCAGGUGGUAUGACCCGCUCCACCCUCUCCUCUAGCAGCUCAGACAUUAAGAGAGAAGACAAAGAGGACGAUGAAAACUCUGUUGCAGACAAGUCUGAGGAAGAGAAAAAGGACUCAAAGGCAGCACGCAGUCGAAGAAAGGAGGCGUUGACCCUCCAGAUGCUCUCUGGCCUUUCAGACCAGAAAGAUGAAUCACCUCUAUUUGACUCCAGCCAGGACAAUGAGGAUGACGAGGACAUUCCCCCUGAGGUAAAGAUGGAGCGUGAAAGGGAGCGGCGAGUGGCUAACAACGCCCGCGAGCGUCUUAGAGUACGCGACAUUAACGAGGCAUUCAAGGAGCUUGGGAGGAUGUGCCAGCUGCACCUCAGCCAUGACAAACCUCAGACCAAACUUCUCAUUCUGCACCAAGCUGUCAAUGUCAUCCUCAAUUUAGAACAACAAGUCAGAGAGCGUAACCUUAACCCCAAGGCAGCAUGUUUAAAACGCCGUGAGGAGGAGAAGGUGUCUGGGGUGGUGGGUGAAGCACCCAUGCAGCUCUCAGGAGGCCACCCUAGUAUGGGCGGAGAUGGCCACAAUCCAGUUGGUCACAUGUAACACCAGAUCAGGUGGUGUUUCCCUGGCUGUCAGAGGAUGUGGCCUUAAUAGAUUUCUUCCACCCAUUAUUCUCAGUGUGUGUGUGUGUAUAUGUGGACAUGUCUGUGUAUUGUCCGUUCAAGUUUCAAGAUGCACAUUCACACACUCGUGCACACAUGCAUACUGCCAAAACUGACACAGCCUGUUUGUCGCACUCCCAACCAUGACUACAAACUCAAAUGUGAAGAACUUUUGUUUUUUUUUUAGUUUUGCUUUGUUUUAUACAUGUAAGAUCUUUUUUCUUUUGGUUUCCACAACAUGAUGGGACGCCAGAGUACUUUUUGUCCUGCUACAAAUUGGGACUUCACACACUGCCGAGGGGUGCUCUGGUGAAAGAAAGGAGACCUAAACAAACACAAAUUGAAUCAAGGAUUUGUGCCUAAUUGUUACAUGUUUUCUAUUUGACAUUUAAGCAAAUUGCUUUACAUGUGAGGAACAUUUAUUGUGAGGGAUUGCUUAUGUGUAUGAGCAAUUAUUUUUUAAUGUAUGUCAUUCCCAGCGUGAUGGUACAGUCUUACAUAUGUUAUGUAACCAAGCCUGUAGUUGAAGUUGAAUUGUCUAAAUUCAGUGACUUUUCCUUGAUCGUAUGAGUAAAUGUUGGGAGAAGUGGUGGAGAGGUCAUAAGAGAAAGGUCAGCAUUUUGACAGUUCAAAUGCAGCUUAUUUUCUAAGACAGGACUUCUGACCUAGAGGCAGUCUCGGACUGAAGAUUGGUCUCGAAGUGUUGGAAUCUGUCAAUUACAGAACUGUUCUUCCUCUUUGUUGACCAUGAAUUAUUCUAGUGUUACUCCAGUUGUCCCUUGUCAUCAGUUCAGGUUUUGUACUGUUUGAUGUUCUAGAGCAUACUCAGACAAGACGAAGCACAGUGGUAUAGGUUUAGGCUGGAAGUUCGGUGUCGACCUGUAGUGCAUUUCAAUCCCUGCAAGUCUGGUGUAAAAGCCAUGUGAGACACGUGCUAGGUGAUCGGCACCACUCAGUGCUGUUACUUUCUUGAUGGUUUACUGACAAUGCCAGUAGACAAAACAGCUGAAGUGUUCCCCUUAAACGCUGAUCCGAUAAAGACAAGUAACCUGGCUUUCUUUGACGGAGGGAUCUCAUUAGUCCAGUUGUUCAAUCAGAAGAGCCUUUGUGUAACAUUGGCUUUUUUUCCUAAAUAAGCAUUCCCACUGAAUUGCAGCCCCUCGCCUUCCUCCGGAAUAAGUUUGUUCUCACACUUCUGACCGAGCGAAGUGUGACAUGUAAAUUCACCGCAUACAUUACUCUGAUAUGUUUCUGAUAUCAUUUUUCAAAAUUAAAUAUAUAUAAAAUAUAUAUUUUUUGUUAGUCUAUACAUUGUAGAUUUUUUUACAUAAAUGGCAAUAUUAGUUUGAAGUUUAGAGUGUAUUCUAGAUGAACUGAGUAAGGGGAUAUUUGACAUUUAAAUGAAACUGGUCGAACAGAGGAAAAGGGUCAUCAGAUAAUAAAUGGAAAAUGUUGGUGUGUCCUUUUUAUUCCAGUUUUGUUUGUAAGGCGUAUCAUCAGCUACCCAAUGUAAUUCUUUCUUUCCUUUUGGGUGUAUGUGGACAGAGUUUGUGCUACAAUCCUGCUGGUGUUCUUACUUGAGCAGUGAGACGCUGAUGAAAAAUGUGGGAAGGGAUUUUUGUCUGAAAACCGUAAUUAUGCAACUGGUUUUUGAAUGUAGCUACCAUACAAAUGUCGAUCGCCUUCAUUUUCAUUUGUGCUCUUUGGGUUUUGUCAGUACAGUACAAUAGUUUUCCUUUCACCUUUUCUAAUGUCUGCCCUCGACCAGGAGGCGCUCGAUGUGCAACUCGCUUUUUAGUAUCCUGCACAUGUGUUUUGGAGGGAGACGUCGGUAUCGGGUUUAUAAGGGAUAAUAUGGAGAACAAAACAGUGUUAUUGUGAUGUUAUUCCCAUGUCAUGUUGUGAAUGGUUUUUACCAACAUGUAAUCACAAAUGAGAGGUAGAGCAUUUUCUGUGUUUUAUUUCUACAAAAAGAUGAAGAAAAAGACCUAUACAAAUCAAUAGUGUGGCCUUUUCAUUCUCAAGACGUAAGAUGUCAUGAUGGGAGAGUGAUACCUUAUCAGUGCCUGAACUUGUAUUUUCAUUUAGGACCGUUUUAAUUUGUCAACCAUAUCAUUUCAUUUAUCAUGGAGAUUAAAGAGGUACUUGUUCAUUCCCCAACCCUCCCUUCUCCUAAUGCUUUUUUCAAUUUUCAGGAAGAAGUUAAAAUGGUAUACAGAGAUUUUCUUUCAGUGUAUCUAGUUAAUAAAUAAAUGUUAUGUAGAGCUUGUUUAGUUUUUAUUCCUUUUUUUCCCCUAAUUAUUCAACUGGAUUAUAUUGUCCAAAUUGCUGUUUUAGUUAAGGUAAUGGGUCCAGGUCCUGAGUUUUUGGUUCUCUUUGCUCUAUAAUGCGAAAUCCCUCCACAUAAUUGGGUUCAAGAGACGCUGCUUUUGGCUCUGAUUGUCUGCUUUCGAUGCACAUUAACAUGUUUGAGUGUGUGGAGCCUCUAAUGAAUUGGAGUAUUUUAACUUUCUGUAUAUCUGAGUGCGAGCCCUCUGCUUCGCCUCAGCAUAUACUAUAAGACUAUGUGUUGUCUUCAUUGACAGGUUCACCUCUGACCUUUUUUUUACGCUUCUAGCUCUCUGGUGGUGUUUAUAGUGACUUUUUGUGAGAAGUUCUAAUCCCUUCUUUCAAAAAGUUGUAUUUGAAGUUUUGGUUAUGUUUUUUUAAUUAUUACAAGCUCAAUAAGUGUAGUACUGAAUAUUGUCUAAUUGUUGCAAGAGAAAAUCUGACUUGAUGUCAUUUAGUUUUCUGUGAACAUCCCAUUAGUCUACAAGCUAUAUACUCUACUUUUUGUUUGGGGGAAACUUUAUUUCUUGACACUGAUUUGAGAAAAGGAAGCCCAACCACUGCAGGAGCACAUGUUUAAAGGAAACUACAUUAUAAUGAUAGCAAGUGUUCAGUUGAUGAGCUUAAUCUUGUUUUAGUAUAAGGAAGCACAACUAGCUUCCAUCUGUUUUGUCAUAUUUGGACUAAAAGGAGGGAGACUGUUUAACGCAUCCACAGGUACACAGACCCUGACAUCGUGGAGUGAGCCCUGUUGACUCAUGCUGGGUCCUCAGAGCUCCCCAUUCAAUCUCUGGCUCUCUUUUAUAUAUAAAUAUAUAUAUAGUUGAGAACUGUCCUGUAUAUAACAGUAAUGUAGCAAUAAAUGUGCCAUUUUUAAUAACAGAUUAUACCUUUUCCAAUGUCUGGCUUUUUGAAUAUUGUAUACAGAAAAAGGAAAAUAAAGGCAAACGUUGUAAUAAAGGGUU